AGUCCCGGAAUACUUGUAGUUUCAAAGCAAACAGAAGCCGAGAGUUGUGGCGUGAAGGUGUAAAGAUAUGAUUUGGUUAGUGUCUAAAUAAGGCUAUGGCCGAAACCUUAUUACCAUGGAUCAAAAGUGAGAUUCCCCGACAUCUCUGAUACACAGUUUGGCGAGACAUGGUAAAUUUAAAGAUGGCAGCUGUCAGAGCAAAGUCAUUUCGUCGCCAAGGAAGUCUCAUUAGGAGCAAAUCUGAGGGGACGUUGAUUGAUCUAGAGGACACUGGAACGCUGAACAACAACAAUUUAAAUGGGAGCAGUUACAUAAUAAAUCAAGUGACAAAACAUUCUGAGUGGCCUGUGUUGCAGCCGGAGGUCAAACAUGGAAGGCAAACCACAAAUCCAUUCUGGAACAAACUGUCUAUAUCCAAUCCGUUUUUAGAUGACAUUUUACACACAAACAAUGACAAAACAUUAAGCAAUGCUGAUCUAUCAGUACAGAAAGAUGAACAUUCGACUCUGUUUGACAGUGAGAACUUUGACGCCAGUAGCACAUCUUCGGACGAAACAAACUUUGUCCAUUUUGCAGAUACGAAGCAAAAGAGCAUAAGACAAUCAGGGAGAUGGAGGAGUGCCUCGGAUAUUCUCGGCGACCAGGAGAGAAAGGAACCGAAAAGGGAAAACGGCCUCAAAUUGUCAGCAGGCCCAUUUCUGAAUGCAGAUUUUGAGUGGUUGAAAAAUGACCGGGAGGCGUACAAAAUGGCCUGGUUGAGUCACAGGCAGCUAACGAGGUCAUGUCUUGACCUAGGGCUGAUGAGUCAGAGUCCUGGAUGGGCCCAGACCCAAGCCACCGACUCUCAGAUAGUCUGCAAGAUAGGUCACAGCGGAGGGUCACUACAGUUACCAGACUCUGAUAUUACCGCCCAUAUCCCAGAGGGCCAUGUUCCUGCUGGGGAGGUUCAGGAGGUUGCACUGAAAGCCAUCCUGGAGCCCCCUCACGGGCUGAACAACAACUACAUGACAACCGUGAGUCCGCUCCUGGAGGUGAGUCUCAGCAACACGAGCGGAAAGGAAUCCAUCACGCUGGAAAUGAAAAUGGUCGCGGAGGUCAAGAAGGAUCCGAUAAGUCAGGUCAUGACCACAUUUGUGGGACUAGUGUCCAACAAGAGAGAGGGACCUUAUCAGAAAGUCAAGGACUGUUACAUUUACAAGAACAUCAUGCAGAUGAAUCUUCAAGACUUAAAGUCUAAUUUCUAUGUUAUUGUAGCCGCAGAGGCCUCGGUUAUCCAGCCCCCUGCUACAUCCGUUUGGGAUUACCUGGAUCGUCAAGUCACCGUCGCCGUUUAUGGCCCAAAGUAUAUCCAUCCAUCUUUCAAAGUGGUCGUGGUCGUCUCUUGCCACGAUAACGUUCCACCGAGGCUUCCGUUCUCAGAUAUCCACAGGGGCAACAGAAACUUGCCCCCCCUGGUGCUACAGCUCUGGGAGAAGCACCAGUUUAGCCCAGAGAGACUGAAUGACCUACACAUUGUGACUUCCAUCAUAGCGUCAAAGUUCAAAGUCAAAGCCCAGGAUAAAAGGAAAGAGGUGAAACAAGGGCUACUCAAACUGGGUAAAGUCAUUCACCUGCCUCUUGAGCUGGCCAAGAUGGGCAAUGGGGAGAUGGAUUCCUUUAAACUAUGCCUCCAGGUGAGGGAUUCAAACAGUGUCACAGUAGCAGAGUUCCAGGUGUCUUCCCCUGCAGCGGCACCUAUUCGCUCUGAAAAGCGAGAUCCCAUGCGAAACAAAAUGUGUCAAUCGCUAUCUAUACCGGAGGAAUCCGUCCCAGAGUUCCCCAAAUUCUGGACCAGACCUGUGAAGGUGCAGUGUUACGGGGUGGCACUGAAGUCAGUGCUCCGUCAACCGCGAGUGGAGUACCUCCUGGAGUACUUCAAGGGUGACACCGUGGCUCUCCUCUCCAGAGAGACCGUGAGGUCGGUGGGCCAGUCCAAAGUUAAAGAGUGGUACAUCGGCUUCCUCCGAGGCAGGACCGGCCUGGUCCAUAGCAAGAACGUCAAGCUCAUCACCCGAGACCAAGUGAUCGACUUCAACGGCACUGACUUCACCACCGAGACCCUCUUGGACAACAUGGCACUGCCGUUCAAGAAGCUCACCUACAUCUACUCAGACAUCCAGACACUGGUGACUGAACACAUCCCCAGCUGGAGGGGCUUCGCUGAUGCCCUGGGCUACUCGAGCUUGUUGCUGGACACAAUCACACGGAGACAUGCUGAAACAGAGGCCGAGAAGGUGGCCUGCGUGCUGGAGAAACUGAAGGAGGACUGCCACACUGAGAACAGCAAGAAGAAGUUCCAGCACAAGCUCAUGAUCGGUCUGUUGAAGAUGGACUCUCAGGCUCUAGUGGCUCAUCUGAUCCAGAACACAGUCAUCCUGUCCACAGCAGUGGAGCUGGGUAUCAGGUGGAGGGAGCUCGCUGAGAGGCUGGGGAAACUCUCCAGUGCUCAGAUCGCUGCUUACGAGGCACCACACCGGGGGAAGAGUGGAGAAGUUAGCGCCGUGUCUAUGUGGAAACCUGCCUAUGACUUCCUGUACUCAUGGAGCCAGCUGUACGGAGAGGGCUACCAGGACAUGAUCCAGGACCUCCACCUGGCCCUGGACAAGAUGAAGAGCCCAAUCACCAGGCAGUGGAGGCAGCUGACCGGGGCGCUAAUCGCAGUCAACUGUCUGGAGAUCCUCAGGGUCUCAGCCUUCCCCAAACCAUAGAACCAUAGAACCCCACUGAGGAGAAGAAUGAGCACGCUGGAGAGCUCACAUGGGUAACAACUGUAGAACUGAGGCCACAGAGGCCCUUCGAUCAAGCUUACUGCAGUUCCCACUAUCUUUGAAUACGGAGGUCCUUGUUACGAUGCAGAGGGGGAGGCGAAGAUGAAGUCAAUGUUUGUUCUUGUUCUGGUAUUGUGCCGUGUCUUUGCCCACUUUGUCAGAGUUUCUUCUUAGAGUUCAGUUCAUGUCGUAAACAUAAUUAUAGCUAUAUUUAAUUAUUCAUUGUGGCUAGACACUUAAACUAUAUUGCUAGAUUUUGUUCAUACAAAGCCAGAACCAGUGUACGAACAUAUAUCUCAGCCAUAUUAACCAAAUGUAUCUUUACAUGACUUUUAUAAAGGCUUCGUUUUGAUCAUUUGUCUAACAGAUAUCUGCUUCCUUUGACAUAAUUUCUUAAGACAAAACAGCAGAAACUAUAUUGAGGUCUGUUACUUUUGGGUUUUUCUGUUAGACACUAUGUGAUAGCGCUUGUUAUUGAUUUGACAUUAAUAGUAAGGCAACAUACAGUAGAGUUAGCACUUCCAGUUGUCACGGUUUUAUACCUUUUAUAUUACAAUGUUACAUUAAAUCCCCUGGUUUUUCAUUAUAUUUUACAUUUAUUUACGUUUAUUUUAGUUAAGGUUGGAAAGGAUUACAUUUGUUUUAUCUGCCAGAUCCAAUCCUCAGUAUUCAGAUUGCUAUUUUUUAACUCUGUGUCUUAAGCCCAUACACUGAAACCUUUUUCAGUGCAUUUAGUUUUGUCUACUUGAAAAUAGCAUAUAAUGUUAAAAUAUAUUUUAAAUAUGUAAUAUAAUGUAAAACAAC